CCCCAGAGCCCCAAUACCGGCCCAAGAGGGCCCCAAGACGGUCCAAGAGGCCCCUCCUCAGCCAUUUCGGCUCAAGACAUUUUGGCUCGGGCCAAGCUGUGCUCAAGAACAGCACUUCAUUUUCGGCUGCCACGCACGGGGCCCAGCUCAUGGCCAUGACGAGUGGCAUCUUCGCCACGGCGCCCACGAAGCAUGGUCUCGAGGUCGUGGCGACAAGGGACACGUUCGUCGAGAUGUGCGACGUCAAGCGCCAGGGCUCACGCAGUCUUUCCCGGUCCAGCGAACUCUGCAGCGAGUCUUCUUCCAGUCACAGCGCGUUCUUCGACGCCGACCACGUCAGCACUGCUUGGGUAUCGACGCGCAUGGGAGAGGCUUGGGUAUCGAACAGCCAGGAGGAGACCACGAGUUACAGCCUCGACAAGUGGCGCUUGUCAGCCGCCGCGGAGGCAAUGGACGAUAUCCCCGAGCAGUUGGGCAGAGUGGUGCGGAACAAGGCUAAGAGCCUUGCCGAGAGCGUGAAGACCGAGCUGGCUUUAGUGCAAAAGGCCAUUCGCAGCAGGGGUGGGGGCGAAGAUGGCGUUGAUGCGGCCGUCAGUCAUCUCGGCAAAAUCCCAGAGGUCAUCAGGAGGUCGUUUGACUCGAAGGUCAUGGGGACGAGCGGCGCUAUGCGGCUGGCGAUGCGGCUGAAGCGGAGCGCCAUCGUGCAGAUGUUCAAGAGCAUGACCCCCGAUGGCCACGAGCUGGUGAGGCGGUUGUGGACCAUUCCCGAGAAGUUGGAGCAGAUCAUUGGGCAGGCGGUUGGCCAGGCCGUGGAAGAGUCCCGGAUGGAGGCUACCAGGCAUUGCGAGCGCGUGCUGAUGAGCCUGCCGCCGGACGCGGGUGUGUGUCGCCAUGCUUUGAUAGACGCCGAACUGCACAUCGCGGAGGCGUUGACCGAAAUGUAUUCCGAGACGAUGCAGGCCCUGAGGCGCACGGCCAAGGCGAACGUGAGGCUCGCCGUGACCUACAUGCAAGACCCAUGAAAACCCCCCACCGUAUCCCAGUCCGUGGAUCUGCCCCGCGGCCCGUUCGGCUGAGAUGAGCCGCAGGUGUCAAAUCGCUGGCCGCGCCCGAGCAGCUAGGUCGGUCGAGAGAACCGCUGGACAAGGCAAGUCAUGAUGUGUUGACUUCAACGCUUCCACUUGACUGUGCAAUUUUCGAGGCACGUGCGUUCACUUGUUGGCGCGCUGGUCUUUCGGAGCCCUCGUCGUCAAUGUGGGAGGGGAAUGGGGACAUACGGCCCGCUGCACCGCCCGAAUACCUAAAUGUGAGAACAGGAGGUCUCUGCCAUACCAUGGCAGAGAUCUCCGAUUCCUUCUGCAGUGGAGGGUUCCGCUGCCUAUUUCUGCGCUCCGAGUCUAACAGACAUUGCGACGCUGGUUCGCCUCCUCGCUCUGUACGGCAUGAUGGGUCUGGCUUCUGCAGACCAGGCCCAGGGGAGUUGCCAAACCUUCCCACAUCAGGCUCAUUUGAUGUGUUCCGCGUGUUUUUUUCGCUCCAGACCGAGACGCUUGACGUUCAGCUGUCGACCCAUAGAUAGUUCAGAUGCACGCGCAGGUUAACCAUCUGUUCAGACGUUGGAGCCAGCGCGGCAAAAUCGCAGCGCCUGUUGCCAGUGAUCCAGUUGUUCCUUUUCUGGCCGUUGCGUAGCUUUGACACGGCGCCCUAUUUGCUUCAGGUAUUGCGUCUUCGCCCCUCGUCGUAUCGCGGUCCAGUGCCACUAGUUGUUUCACAUGUCUGGUGGUUGUGGCCUUCUGCGAGGUGCGUCAGGGCAGCUGGAUAUGGAACAGCGCGGCGUUUACAGCUUGUGAAGACUCAAAACAGUGGGUUCUCUAGGGCUAGAGGAUACACUCUUUGCGGUGCAAUGCACAUGUCAAUGCUCAAAACGGAAUCUUGAGGACCGGCAGCAGCGGGGGAGCGGGCUUUCAGGAGAAGAGCUGCUCGGGCAGUACGGGCGCCUUCCGAGCGCACGUGAGGAAAUGCAAGCCGAACGUUCAGGGAGACGAGUAAGAUUCUCUUGGUGCAAGGCACCAUUUGGGGAGUAAGGUGUCCCCACGAUGCCCUGGACGGCGCUGCCUUUGCCCAGCGAAAGCAACACAGAAGCACUCGGGCAGAUUUGCCGGUGAGCUCCGCUUGCGCACAGCUCAGCAUGCUGAUAUUGAGAAGCUGGUGGCUCUUCUUCCUCCCUCCUGUUCCGUGCUCCCUCCUUCUGCUUCCUCCCCGUCUUUCCCUUGCCUUCACUAUUGAGUGUUCAGCAGCGAAGGUCCAUCAGCGCGUCAAUCGGUGUGCCCCUCGCGCCAAGGCGUGUCAGGCUGGCAGGCUGAGUUGUAGGUGACGUCCGCCUGCGAACAGCCCAACAAUAUUUAUUCAUGCUCAGGACUUGCUUCUACUCCUCCCCACACCCCUCUCAGGUGAAUGUUCUUGCACACGGUGUGCUUUCGGCAUGGUAUGGCAGCAAAGCGGGCUGGCAUAGCGCAUCCGCGCAAAUCGGUUCAGCAAUCUUUAUUCAUAUUCAGGGUUUGUUUUUUCUCCCCCCCACGCUCCUCACAGGUGGAUGUUCUUGGACACGUUGUGCGUUCAGCAUGGCGUGUGAAGCAUUUGGCGGCACAGACGCCCUACGCCAGAUGUGACAGCAAGGCGGGCUGGCAUGGUGCAUCCGCGCAAAAUUCUCCAGCUUGCAAUCAUUAUCGAUUACAGCUCCUCCUCCUCCUCCACCCCUCCUCUUCCUCCUCCUGGUCUGUUUGUAACGUACAGUGCCUUAAGGAACGCUACCACGAGUUGCGUCACCUAUUCUGUCCAACGCACCUUGGACGUGGAUGGCGCGUUUGCAUGUUUGCUCCCCACUCCUCGGAUUCGUUUCCUGUUCGCUUUUAAUGUCUGAUUGUCUGUCAUGACACUCGCGCACAGGCGUGUCAGAUUGCCAGGCCGACUUGCACUUGAAUUCCGCAGAAGCUCGUAUUAUGUAUUCGGUAGUCGGUGGCUCUUCUUUGACCUGGCUUCCCACUUGCCAAAAGAAGAACAUCAGAUUUCCGCGUCUUCUCCAUCUUCCUCCUCCUCCUUCUCUUCCUCCUCCUCUGCGG